GAACAUCUCCAACACAGCUCCAAUUGAAGCCCAAUCGCAGGGGUUGGGUGCGAGGUCCUGACACAGUCUGCUCUCAUGCGGGCAACGGUCGGUCAGUGGAUGAUCAGCUGUCUCCGAAUGAAAAGUGGCACGUCGGUGAUCGAUCAGUAUCCAAUACCCAGACACCAUUAUUCUCAGACCUAAGACGACCCAUUGUACAUGUACUAAAACAUACGGAGUACAUGCAACAGUACAGGCAUUAUUGGCAGCACACUUCUGUGCAUAGAACGUGAUACAGAUUCGGUUCAGGAUAGGCCCAUCUGUACUGGCGAUCCGUAGAUCUACUGUACUGUUGAACCCCCACCUCUGUAUGUAUGUGCACUCUUUGGCAUCUAGCCUAUUCUAGGCCCACACUGUACACACGUUGCAGCGGUGCAUUGACUGGCUGUGUGUGAGAGUGUGUGAGAGAACUGCUCCAUCUCGCCUAGUGCUUGCCGAUAGGCGAAAGAGGACGAGCCCGGUGCAAAGGCACCAACGAAGCUGAAAUUGCUGCAGCUUUGGAGUCCGCUGGCAAUAUCAUCCACCAACCAUGGCGAAUCGGCUAAUCGUCAUCCUCGCGCUAAUAGGAUUAUGUGUAUUUAGAAUACAUGGCCAGGUGGUGGAUGUUGGAGGAGAGAACUUCGACCUCAACUCCGAUGUGGAAAUUCAGCCAGCGCCAGUCGUAGCGCCACCAGAAGAUAGCACGGAAGUAGAAGAGCCUGCUGGUGUACCGCAGGUGGUCGCUCCUCCUGGCGCGCCCAUUGCCGGUCCCUGCUGUACUGAUAAGGGCCAAAAGGGACAGCCUGGCAAGGAUGUUUAUGGCACGCCCGGAGAGAAGGGACCCAAAGGCCCUGAUGGCGCAGCAGGUCUGCCCGGUCUGGAUGGCGGCCAAGGUGAUGCUGGUGCCACCGGUCCAAAGGGUCGACAAGGUAGAUCCGGCCAAGCUGGCGACCCUGGUCCUAUUGGACCUCCUGGUAGACCGGGACGCAGGGACGGCACACUAGCAAUAAAAUUUGAAGUCGGCCUACCGGGUGACCGUGGCCCACCAGGCAGACCAGGAAACCCAGGAACACCAGGAUCUCCUGGUGUCCGCGGUACCGAUGGUCGUCCAGGUUCUCCUGGAGUUCCUGGAUCAAUUGGUGAGCCAGGCAUGCGUGGUCUUCCUGGAUUGAUGGGCGAACGGGGCGAGCGUGGACAAACCGGAGUAAAUGGACUAGAUGGCAAGCACGGACCCAAGGGCUUCAAGGGUGAGCCCGGCAUCAGUGGCAAGGACGGUAACAUGGGGGAUCCUGGCUUGAAGGGCACAGCUGGUGUAGCUGGAAAGGACGGUCUUGACGGAGACAAUGGCGACCCCGGCCAGAACGGUGCUGACGGAAUGCCUGGAAACCGUGGAAUCCCCGGCACUCCUGGUGACCGUGGCCCAGACGGUAUCUCUGGACCCAGCGGACCACGUGGACCUCGCGGAGAAGAUGGAUCACCCGGCGCUAAAGGACAACGUGGAACUCCUGGCAGCCACGGUUCACGCGGCCUUGCCGGUCCAGCUGGACCCCUUGGUUCCUCUGGCGUGCCUGGCAGACAAGGACCUCGCGGUGAUGCUGGCCUACCUGGUCUACCCGGCCGUCCCGGUGCUGGUGGUUCCGGUGGCACACCCGGUUCCUCCGGUGCUCCCGGCGUCAACGGUGUGAAAGGAGCUACCGGAUUGUCUGGCAGAUCUGGCGCAACAGGACCUCAAGGCUAUCCAGGCGACGCUGGUGAUGUUGGACCUACAGGACCGCACGGACAGAAGGGCGCACCCGGUGAAGUCGGCAUUGACGGACCUAAAGGCAGCAAGGGCUCGAUUGGAUUCCCUGGACCAACUGGAGCACAAGGAUCCAGCGGACAGGCCGGCAACCGUGGUGUAUCCGGAGAUGCCGGUCCCCCUGGCUACCCCGGAAUGCCCGGUCGCCCCGGACCCCAGGGGCCCAAGGGCCCAGCCGGCUACGAUGGCCACCCAGGCAGACCUGGCGCAAAGGGCCCCCAUGGAAUCCAAGGCGAACAAGGAAUGCGCGGCGAAACUGGCGAAGACGGCGAGGCCGGUGCUCCUGGCUAUGAUGGCACAGCUGGACGACGUGGACCCCGAGGCUACCGUGGUGUGCCUGGCUCUGUUGGCGUUCCUGGCGAGAAGGGUGAACGCGGUCGCACUGGUCCCCAAGGUCCUUCCGGUCAACUCGGCUCUGCCGGUCCCCCCGGCCAAUCCGGAACUCCUGGUGACUCCGGCUCUCCUGGUUCCCCCGGCCGUCCCGGAAACCCCGGUACACCCGGCCCGUCUGGUCAGAAAGGACAACGUGGUACCAGUGGCACUGGCGGCAGUCAAGGCCGCAUUGGACCAGCCGGCGAGCCCGGCCCCGCAGGACGGCCAGGAGAGUCCGGUGACAAGGGUGCACAGGGCGAGCUCGGUCAGACCGGACCCGCCGGUGAAGAUGGCAAAUCAGGAGAUCAGGGAGAGCCAGGCGUGCCCGGACAGCCGGGACUUCGCGGACCCGUUGGUGCACGGGGACCUCUGGGUGCCGGCGGUCCUAAAGGAGAGCGAGGCCGUGCUGGCCCCGACGGCGAGCGUGGACCAUCAGGAAAGCGUGGCGCACCCGGAUUGGCUGGCGAACAAGGAUCACCCGGUCCAGCUGGACCUCAAGGCAUGGAGGGACUUGUUGGUGAGCCAGGACCGUUCGGUGCGUCUGGUCCCAAAGGAGAUUCCGGUCCAACUGGCCCAACUGGAGAUGCUGGCGUUGACGGCAAGGCUGGUGUUGAUGGCCAAGAUGGUGCUCCCGGAGAGCCCGGCAAUGAUGGUGCCCAAGGCCCCAAGGGCAGCCAGGGUCGCCAGGGACCGACCGGCCCCGAAGGCAAGCAGGGCGAGACUGGACCUGCCGGCGCUACCGGACCACGCGGCCGCGACGGCCCGACCGGAGUGUCGGGACCGCGAGGCUCACCCGGCGACUCUGGCCCGCGCGGCGUCGAGGGCGACCAGGGCUUCCCAGGAACAGGUGGAACCGGCGGCACUGUCGGCCAGCCCGGUGAGGUUGGAGAAGUUGGCGAGCGUGGCGAUAUAGGACCCAAAGGUGUCAAGGGCGCACCCGGAAAUCUUGGCCCAGCCGGCGAGCCCGGUCAGCGAGGCGUUAAGGGAUCCAAGGGCGUUGCCGGUGCCAAUGGACCCACCGGACCGUCUGGCCGCAAGGGACCGAGAGGCGAACAAGGCGAACGUGGACAAUCUGGCGUACGAGGUUCAUCUGGCCCACCUGGUGGACCAGGUCAGCAAGGAUCACAGGGAAAGCAAGGAAUCGCAGGCCAUACCGGAAUACCAGGAAACAUUGGUGACAAGGGACCUCAGGGCGUGAAGGGAGACCGAGGAGUGCCCGGUGCACCUGGAAUAAGAGGACCAACAGGCCCCACUGGCCCCAACGGUGCUGAUGGCCGUGUGGGCACCAAGGGUGAGCUCGGCGAACCCGGAGACAUGGGUGGACAAGGAACACCUGGCCAACCUGGAUCACCUGGAGAUCUCGGACCACCCGGACUUGAAGGCCCUGCUGGAGAUACCGGUGCACAAGGCAGACGUGGCAUCCGUGGUGAAACUGGACCUCCUGGUGAAGACGGCGCUCCUGGCACUGUUGGACAACAGGGAGAACGCGGACCAAUCGGUGAUACUGGCGAUGUUGGAGACCAAGGCCAGAAGGGUCUUCAAGGACCAGGUGGCGCUGAUGGAAUGCCCGGCACUGGUGGAAGUGCGGGACAACCCGGUCAAGUUGGAGACCCAGGACCGAAGGGUGUUGCUGGAGAGCCCGGUGUAAAUGGCGCUACUGGUGACACUGGAGCCUCAGGCCCACGCGGACAAGUUGGUUCUCGUGGUGCUGACGGUCCUCCUGGCCCAGUUGGAGCUGCAGGAGAAAAGGGCUUCCUCGGAAAGCGUGGUCCAGAGGGUCCCGCAGGUCCCAAGGGUCAACUGGGUGAAGAAGGAUUCCAGGGAGCUAAAGGCGCUGCUGGUCCACCCGGCCUUCAAGGUGAAAUGGGACCCAAGGGUCCUGUUGGUCCCAAGGGACCACCAGGAGCAGCAGGCAAAACCACCCCUGACUUCCGUCGUCGCCGCAGAUCUGCCUCUGAGGAAAGCGAGACAUCGGAUGACUUCCUCUCCAACGUCGCAGAACAGCUCCAUGACAGCGUGAAGAUGAUCCGCGAGCCGCUUGGCACCACCGAUUUCCCCGCACGCACAUGCCAGGACCUGGCCCUCACCAGCCACAAGUUCAAGAACGGCUAUUACUGGAUCGAUCCCAACCAGGGUGGCUCCCAUGAUGCCAUGUCGGCAUUCUGCAACUUUGACGGCGUGGAGGCGCAGACCUGUGUCAACACCAAAUCACUGUCGGCUGGCUCAUCUCAGCUGAGAUUCCUCUCCCUGCUGCACACCUCAUCCAAGCAGCAGCUGACGUUCACAUGCCCACCCAACGUGGAGUGCGACUGUGGCUCCACACGCCUGCACACGUCCGACCAGGACAAGCUGGACUUGCAGAGCGACGAGGUCUACUCACUGAACAACGGCUGCAAGGAGAACAAGUCCAGCACCGUGGAGGUGCAGACAGCGUGGAUGAACCGUCUGCCCAUCACAAAGGUGUCGGACGCCAAGGACAACCAGUUCUCCGUGAAAUCAACAGACGUCUGCUUCUAUUGAGUCGAGUAAACUGGUCGUCUUCUAUCACUCUCUCUCUCAUCCCAGUCUCCCAGUGAGGAGGCUGGAGCGUGAAACAACCUGGACCGCCCAGUGACCAGCAAUUUCCCUUAUUGGAUACAGUGCGGACAUCGAAAGCACAUCCGGUGUUUUCGGAUUCACACAACUAGCAAACAGUCCACACACACGCACACACACCACCACCACUGCCGCCAUGCGCGGUUUUCACUAACAACCGAGCAUGCACAUGCACACACGCACGCACACACAUGCGCACACUCGCACGCCAAACUCAUUCACUACUAGUUCGGGGCAGACUACGUGGCCGUUCAGCCUCCGUCUUCUGCUCGGCAUCUUUUCACGCCUAGCUGCUGGGUCAGCAUCGCACUCAGCUCUCUCUCUCUCUCUGUCUUCCCGCUGUUGCCCUUUGUAAAUCUCCAACCCUAUUUGCAUGCUGUUCAGUCUCAGCUUUGGCUUGCUAACGAUUUAUUUUUUCAUGAGUUGACCACCUAAAUUGUCUUUCAAUCUUACAGCCACAAACACCAUACGAUACUCGACUCUGAACUGCAGUUAUCAUUAUCACUAUGCCUGCAGACUAAAACUCGUAAUGGCCGUCUUUCUGACUUGCGCUACAAGCUUAUCAGUGUUUAUAACGUUCUCUGCUAUGAUUGCCUGGACCGCCGCCGUGUUGUCCGGCGCUUGUUGGUCUUGUCGUUUUUUGAUCAGCUGCUACCAGCUCGUUCCACAUGUUGCAAUGUCUACAGUUUCUGCAAUGUGAAGUAGACCUGAUGAAUGGUA